AUGUCUCCCAGGGCCAGCAACGAACCCGAGCGGGUUUCUCUCACACAAUCCAGACAGACCUCCAUGAUCUCAGGAUUGCCAAAUAUGGCCUCAAGACCUUUCCAGGAUGAUGACUUGUCAAGCCAAGACACUUCGUCUUUGUGCUCUCUACACACAGCCCAUGGAAACCACCAGGACAUGAAAACCUGGAGCUUAAACACAUCAGAAUCUCUCGAACAGGCCAUGUCUUCCAAGGACUCUCCCCAGGUGCAAAUGCUUUCUUUCUCGCUGUCUCAGCAGCUCAUGACCCCCACGGUCGGACCCAGUGAUAUCAUGUACACAGGCGUGGACUUCCCAGCAGUCUCAGACCUGCAUGAUCAUGAAAUGCCUCGGGAUUUUUACUCCUUUGUGGAUCUUUCUUCCAUGGAUAAUGAUGUUUGCGUGCAAACGGGCACUCCGGAUGAUGCUCUGUCUGUCGCGCACAGUUCCCACACUGAGGAUGGCCACUUGAUUGGCAGCCACGAGUCAUGGAAUGCUAUGAUGGCUGAUGGCCAGUACCCUGGAACCACCCUGGAUCACCUUUCUUCCAACCUCUUCCAGACCAUGCCAGUCUCUCCACCCUUGACGGAAGCCAGUACUGAUAUUCCAAUCACCUCUGCUUGCUCUCACUCUGGGUUCCCUUCUUUCCUGGCUCAUGAUGACUCUCUCCUCGGAGAGUACACCACUUCACCUAUCGGCAACCCGAUCAUGAACCCUGCAGAGCCUUUGUUUCCAAACACGACGCCUCUGACUGAGAAGGACCCAAACAGAACCAUCAGGCCAUCCAAGCAGUCUCGCCGUGGAGCUUUGCCCGCUUCCCAAUCUCAGGUCAAGUCCGAGUCCGAAUUAUUCCCUCAGGUAAAGGCCGAGCAAGAUUUCUUCCCUCCUCUGCCCGUCAGAGAGCCCGCCCGCCAGAGGUCCAAGGACAGUGCCGAGGCCCGCAACCCACGAGACCACCACUUUUACCAUCUGUCCCCCCAGAAUGAUGGAAAGUACCAUUGCCCAUAUGCCCACGGAGAGAAGCCGUGCAACCACCCUCCUACCACGCAAAAAUGCGCUUACCACAAGUACCUGGACUCCCACCUGAAGCCCUACCGUUGCAAGCACGCCUCCUGCGUGGACAACAUGCUGCGUUUCUCCUCUAACGCUUGCCUCUUCCGUCACGAGCGCGAAGCCCAUGGAAUGCACGGCCACGGAGAAUGCCCUCACCUAUGCCUGUUCGAGGGAUGUGAGCGAUCCGUACCCGGUUUUGGAUUCCCGCGUAGAUGGAACCUGCACGACCAUAUGAAGCGUGUCCACGACUACGUUUCCUGCGAGCGUCCCACUUCUCAACCCACUUCCCAGCCCAGCUCCCCCGAGACCUCCCCUGGCGCUCCGCCCAAAAAGAAGGAUUCUUCCGCCUCUAGCCGCAAGAGAAGAGGGGUUACGGGCGCCACCCCGGCCCCGACUAUGAAGCGUACCCGCUCUGUUCACUCCCAGACCGGUUCCAACAAGGCUUCCCAGGCUACUGCCCAGAAUGGCCAGCGUCUCCAGAACGCCGAGCGGAACUACUACAAGUGCCGCGCCCGUCUGGUUGAUGAACUCGCCAAGAUUACCCCCCAGGACACCUCCAUGCAUGAGAAGGUCAACGCCAGUCUGCAGGAACUGUACACUCUGGGUCUGCAGUACCGCCACCUCGAGGCCGGAAAUGCCGUUUCCAAGAUGCCCAAUGGACUUCCCGCGUGA